AUGUCUGAAAUUGUCCUCCCAGGCCAGAUAGUACCUGCACAACAUGUCAACCUCAAAUUAGGGCCAGGCCUACUUCAAACAGCGUCGUCAUCUAUAAUCGCGACGCGAGCAGGGUCUUUACACCACUCCACCAACCGUAGCAAGUGGUGGAUUGAAAACAACUCGAGACGAUAUGUACCAGCCGCGCAAGAAUCCGUAAUCGGUGUCAUUGUACAAAAGGCUGGCGAGGGCUUUCGCGUCGACAUUGGCUCGGCUCACUCCGCUUCACUGGAUGGUCUGGCAUUCGAGGGUGUAACAAAACGGAGUAAACCAAAUCUCAAAAUCGGCACAUUAGUUUACGCUCGUGUCUCCUUAGCGCAUAAAGAUAUGGAGCCAGAGCUUGAAUGCUUUGAUGCUCAGACUCGGAAGGCAGCUGGGUUCGGAGAACUGAAAGGUGGUUUCAUGGUCCGCUGUAGCCUGGGGAUGAGUAGAUCACUCUUGAAUCCAGACCAUUUCCUGGUCGAGCUACUGGGAAGGCGUUUUCACCUCGAGAUCGCAACUGGCGUCAAUGGACGAGUCUGGAUAAAUACGAAAGAAAUAAAAGAAACCAUCGCCGUUGCACGCUGUAUCGAAGCGGUAGAUCCUGACGGAGGUGGAAUGGAUGAAACGGGUGUGCUGGAGUUAUUGGACUCGUUGGGACUCUAG